AUGGAAAAAAAGAUCUCCAUUGACUCCCCGGACUCACCUUCUGCGGAGCAUGUCCCCGAGGACAAGCUUCGCCGAGAAGAGUUUGACCAGGAAACUGGUGGCCGCCGCCAGUCCGUCGCCCACAACAUUAUUCAAAAUCCUCUCAAGCGCAAAUCUGAGCAGGAUGUCGUUCUGGAAGCGGAGCAGUGGGCCAACUCGCAUGGCAUGGAACAACAUGCGAGCUUGUUUGGACGCGCUGCUCUCGUUGCGCGAGAUCCCGAAAACUUUGAACUCAUGUCGGAACUACCUGAUGACGAGCGACAGGCUCUCAUCUAUGAAAGAAAUCACAAGUGGCACGGCCCCAAGAUGCUGUGGUACUCCAUCAGUCUCUGCGCCAUCGGCGCGGCUACCCAAGGAUGGGAUCAGACCGGAGCCAAUGGCGCAAAUCUUUCCUUCCCGGAAGAGUUCAAUUUGACUGGCGAAGGGAGGGAUGAAUGGAUUGUCGGGCUUAUCAACUCCAUCAUCUUUCUUACAGCUGGUUUGAUUGGCGCAUUCAUCGUCGAUCCGCUCAAUCACUAUCUCGGCCGAAGAGGAGAGAUUUUUCUUACGGCCGCCUGCCUCACUGCGACACCGAUCGGCUCGGCAUUUGCGACAAAUUGGCAAGGCCUUUUCUGGGCCCGAUUCAUUAUGGGUAUUGGCAUUGGCGCCAAGAAUGCAACAGUCCCGAUCUAUUCGGCCGAAAUGGCGCCACAUAGGAUCCGUGGCGCUCUGGUCAUGUUCUGGCAGCUGUGGGUUGUCGUUGGUAUUUUCCUGGGCUUUGUUGCCAACAUUGUCGUCAAAGACGUUGGCAAGAUUGCAUGGCGCCUCCAAUUCGGCUCCGCCUUUAUUCCCUCUUUCCUCCUCCUCAUUGGUAUAUUCUUCUGUCCCGAGUCUCCUCGCUGGCUCAUGAAGCACGGCAAAUUCGCCAAGGGCUUCAGGUCAAUGCAGCAUCUCAGAGCCCAUGACAUCAUCGCGGCCAGAGACUAUUACUACUCGUAUGUCAACUACGAGGAGGAGAAAAAGGCUGCCAGAGGUGCUGGCUACAUUGCCCGCCUCAAAGACUGUUUUGUUGUUCCGAGGAUUCGGAGAGCCAAUUACGGAGCUUCUACGGUGAUGCUGGCGCAACAAAUUUCCUCCAUCUUCACAAGCGUUGGGUAUACUGCCACUGAAGCGCUGUAUGCCUCAUUGGGAUAUGGGGCAGUUCAAGUCGUCGCCACCAUCCCCACGCUCUUCCUCAUUGAUACCAAAGGCCGUCGCACACUAACAAUGAUUACAUUUCCUCUGAUGUGCAUUUUCCUCCUCGCUGCUGGCCUUUCGCUCUUGCCCAACGGAGCAUACCAUAUUGCGCCACAGGCUGCUGACCAAAACCCCGCACACGAUAUGAGGCCAAAAGGCGCUAGAAUUGGUCCCGUCGUUCUCUUUGUUUACCUGUUCACUAUAUGCUAUUCCCUAGGAGAGGGCCCUGUGGCCUUUCAAUAUUCCGCAGAGGUAUUCCCGACAAUUCAGCGUGAGCAGGGAAUGGCCUGGGCAGUGUGCAUCAACAACACGUUUGCCGGUAUCCUGGGCCUGACCUUUCCACGAAUGAAGACUGUCAUGACAUCAACCGGUGCCUUUGGCUUCUACGCCGGUCUGAACCUAAUCGCAUGGGGCAUGAUCUUUUGCUUUGUGCGCGAGACAAAGCAGCUCACACUAGAGGAAAUUGAUCAACAAGUUCCGUGGUUCAUCAAACGAUACAUCUUUUUCCGGAAUAUUCCUCGCCCGCCUCCGGUCUUUGAAAAGGAAGGCAAGACAGAUGGUAUCUAA